CAGGUGUCAAAUAGCGCGUGUGGGCGGGGCCUGCUGUCACUGGACGUGUCCGCGUUCAGCUGGAAUCAACAGGUCUGACGGCGCCGGAGCUGCUAAGCUGGGCUCCAGAAGAGCACGAUGUCCAGGGAACAGGUGAGCAUCCCGGACCUGCUGCUCUCACUGGAGAGCUCCGAGCUGCAGGAGGUGGAGCGCGUCAGGGCGGCGGUCAACCAGCAGCUCAGCUCAGACAGAGGAGGCGCCAUCCUCUCCUCGCUGGUGGAGCAUUACCUGGACUCCUCCUCCUCUCAGGUGGUGCUCCUCCUCUCCUCCAUCAGAGAGCCUCAUCACAAGGUCCUGCUGGAGAAGCUGAACGAGGCGCUGACCCGACCCGGAAGCAGACUGGCGGCCGUCACCCUGCUGGGUCACCUGGUGAGGAAGCAGCCUCCGUGGGUCCAUCACAUCAGCCAAUCAGCCGUGCUGUCGUCCCUGCUGCGCUGCCUCAAGACGGAUGCUGACGUGGUGGUGCUCAUCACGGGCGUCCUGGUCCUCAUCACGCUCCUACCCAUGAUCCCUCAGGCCGGGAAGCAGCACAUCUACGACUUCUUCGACGUCUUCGGGCGCCUGGUGUCCUGGAGCUACAAGAACCCUGGUCACGUGUCGGCGCUGUACCUGGUCCACCUCCACGCCGCCGUUUACUCGCUGUUCCACCGUCUCUACGGGAUGUUCCCCUGCAACUUCCUCUCCUACCUGAGGCUCCACUACAGCAUGAAGGAGAACCUGGACACCUUCCAGGAGGUGGUCAAGCCGAUGUUGGAACACGUACGGAUUCACCCAGAGCUCGUUACCGGGACUCCGGACUAUGAACUGGACCCGUCCAGGUGGAGGUGCUACGAAGUCCAUGACAUCAUCAUCGAGUGUGCCAGACUGUCUCUGGACCCUCUGGAGUCGUCCUGUGAGGAAGACAUCUUCUCUUCUCCCCCAGCCUCUCCCAGACGCGCCCACCUGUCCUCCUCUCAUCUUCACCUGGAUCUCAGCUCCACCCCCCGUGGCCUGGAGCCAAUCAGCAGCUCAGGAAGCUCAGCCAGCCGUCCGUCUCGGCUGACGCUCAGCACCUCCUUCAUGCAGGCUGAUGAUGUCAUAUGGAGCCCCUCCUCUGAGUGUGGUUUGUCCACGCCCCCUCCUGAGGCUGCUGCAACAAGCCCCGCCCCCUCACUGAGCAGGUGUUCCUCCGUCUCAGGUGUGAAAUGUCCCUCACCUGCCUCCAAACCUGUAACCACGCCCAGUGAAGAUGUCGGGGUCCUCCAGGUGAGACCGGGCUUCAGUGAGGAGGCGCAACAGGAAGAGAGCCCCUGUCCGUCCUCCCAGCCGAAGCAGCAGCCAAUCAGAGCGAAGGAGGAGAGUGAUGCGAUCAGCGGUGACCUGAAGAGUGCAGACGUCAGACCUCCCCCCGCCUCCUCCCAGCUCCUCCUCCUUACCUCCACCCCCAGCCGGGAUGCCCCGCCCUCCGGCCUCCGCUCUCCUUCCUGCUCCGGCUGCCUGACUCCUUUGCAGUCCUCUUCCCACCUGUCUGAGGAGCAAGGUCCCGCCCCGCCGUACGAGUCGCUGUUUGAGCUCGCUCUUCCUCGCGCCGCCACGCUCUUCAUCGGGAAGAAAACGCAGGAGGUGCUGGAGAAAGCUGCAGGGGAGCAGAAGGAGGAGCAACAGGAGGAGGAGCAGACCUGCAUCUCUCCUCUGAAGGUUCUGGACCGUAUGAUUGUCCAUGGAAACGACGCUCAUGAAUGCCUCAGCAGGAGGUUCUCAGCUGGAUCCAAGUCGGUGGAUCGGGUUCAUUUGGGAGGUAAACAGCAGAGCAUGAAAAGCAAAGGCCCCGCCCAGGGGGAGGAGCUUCAGGCCCUGAAGAGCCAGCUGCUGCUGGUUCACAGCCAGCUCCAGUACGAACGCUUCAAACGGCAGCAGCACGCCAUCAGAAACCGCCGCCUGCUGCGCCGCGUCAUCAACUCCACGGCUCUGGAGGAGCAGACUGCCGCUAUGAAGGCGCAGCUGGGCGUGCAGGACGAGGAGAUCCGCUGUCUGAAAACGAGCCUGGAUGAAGAGCAGCGGCGCUUCACCAAGCUGAAGCAGGACACACAGACCCAGACGCAGCUCCUGCACGCUCAGAUCCAGCAGCUGCUGCAGCAGCAGCAGGACAAACGGCAAGAGAACCAGCAGCUGCAGAGCGAACUCAGGGAGUCUCAGGGCCGGCUGAGGGACCUGGAGGCGGAGCUUCAGAGAGCCAGCAACAAGGCCAACCACGCUGAACACCAGCUGACGCAGCUGUCCCUGAAGCUGUGCAGCAGUGAGCAGCUGCAGCAGCAGAUCUUCCUGCUCAACCAGCAGCUCAUCCUGCUGAGAGAAACCAACAGGGCUUUGAGGGAACAGCUGGAGGAACGAGAUCCCCGCAGCUGGACCGAGGAGGCCAUGCUGCAGCGCACCAUGGGCAAGGACUUCCAGAGGCUGAGGGACUCAGACGUCCAGCAGAAACAGAAGCUGGAGGCGGCCAACCACCGAGUAGCAGAGCUGGAGAACCAGCUGGCCAAGAAGGAGAAGCUGAUCUUGGAUCAGAAGAAGCUUCUGGAGGACACCAAGAACCAGAACAGGGCGGAGCUGUCGGCCUCAGAGACUCGCUGCGUCGCUCUGAAGAGGGUCGCCCAGACGCUGCAGACGGAGAUGCUGCACCUGUACGGCCAGAUCCUUCUGGACACGCCCACAGGAAGUGACGCGCGCGCCCACGGCUCGGCUGUGGACGCCAGCAGCAGGCCAAUCAAAGAUGGCGCCUCCUCCCCUGUCGCUCCCGACAACAGGCCCCGCCCCUUCUCUUCUUCUGCUGUCAGAAUCAUAAACGGUGCCGUGGAGGCCCUGUCCUCCUCUUCGCCCCUCUCCGUCUCCCCCUUCGACUCCCCCCCUCUGGCCGUCGGCUCCUUCCUAGAGCAGCAGGCCCGCCGGCUGUUUGGGCCGACCCAGAGCCCCGAGGAGGAGGAGGAGGAGGAGGAUGAUGAAGAGGAGGCGGCGGAUGAGGAGCGUGAGGAGGAGGAAGAGGUGGCCCAGCCGGAGAGCCCCCCGCUGGGUCAGGAGGUGGAGGAGGCCAUGCUCCUCACUGGGAGUCCUCUGGAGUCGCUGAGUCCUGCGGACCUGGCGCCGUCGGUCCGCCAGCGGCGAGCCGAGCUCAGCAUCAUGGACUACGACGCCUCGCUGCCCGACUUCUGACUGCAGGCCGGCCGACCGCUUAAUUACAGGAACCGCUGAGUUUUCCCAGGAUAAUCUGAGCCUGGGGUUCUGAUCCGGUCUGACUGGAGCGUCUGGUUCUGGAUGCUGAGGCAGAAGCUGCUGGACCUACAGGCGGCAGCAGCAGCAGCAGCUCCCUCCUAAUCCUAAAUCACACUAAUAAAUGAGCCGCAGGUAAUAAAUGAGCAGAUGUUUGGAGAACCUGGAUGAUCUUCAGGGAGGCGAGGAGGAGCGGGUUCCUCCUGGGCAGCAGGAGGUGAACCACCAGCAUGGAAAUCAUGAUUAAAUGUCUGCAAAUUCUCCUUUAGUUCAUAUUUUAAUCUGAGAAAUGAAGCAAAGAAAAGGAAGCGUUGUUAUCGAUCAUUUGUUCCACAUCGUGUUCCUCAGGCGGAACGUGAUGCGGUUGUUGAUCUGCAGAACUGAACAAUAAAGAAUUAAAGA